AUGGCGGCCGCGGCGCUCGUGGGCAGCCUCGUGACGCAGCUGGCCGCCACUGGCCGCAGCCGUUUUGGUCGGGCUGGCGCUGUGCAUCGUGGUGGGCCCGCCUGCCGCCUGGCGGCCGAGGCCGAGCAGCUGAAGCAGGUGCCCGAGCAGACGCAGGCGUGGCAUCUCUCCGGGAGCUCAGGUGCGCCUGGGCCCAUACAUGACCCGAGCUACGACGUGGCCGCGGACGACGCUGGAGCCGACGGCGGUGCGCCGCCUCCAGGGAUACCCUUCGUGCCGGGCGUGACUGGCCCGAUGAUGGGGCCAGGCGCGCUGGGAGCCACGGGGCCGACGGCAAGGGCCGCACCGCCCGUGGGCGCCCCGCCCCCCGCGCCAGCUGGCGCCGCCAGCUUGGGUGCCGUGGGCGCUUGGGCAGGGGCGCCUAGCGCGGGCAUCAAGCAGCUGCUGUCAGCCUUCAGCGGUGCCAAGGCGUCUGACUGCCAGUGGAGCCGCGGGCUCUGGCAGAGCGCGCGGGCCAUCGAGGCCUCGGGGCAGCUCCAGGCGGAGAUCAAGCGGUUGCUGAGCGACUACGGCUAUGUGGGCGCCGCCACCACGACGGCGCCGCGUGAGACCGAGCUGAUCGGGGCCCUCGAACGCCUCAGCUCCCAGGCGGCGCUGUCGGUGGGCAGCGGCCCGUGGGCCCACGGCGCCUCGCCCGACCUCUCGGCGUCGCGCGGUGGGGCAGAGGAGAUGCGCUGGGGGUCCAGCCUGCCAGCCGAUCUCCAGAAGGCCGCUCCCGAGAUAUACCGGAUGAUUCGUGGCGAGGGCCCAUCGAGUGCGAGGGACUGGAUCGCCCAGAGGUACCAGGGCAGUCGGAGCAGUCCCGUGUGGGUGGAUCUGUGGACCCUGUCGACCACCAUCGACUUCAGGCUCAGGGGCUGCGCCAGCGACGUGGAGAUCAUGCAGGUGCUGGCCGUCGACGACAUGAUGGAGCUCGCCCUGAGGAGGCUGGCAUCGUACGUGUAUGAGCAGAGGAGCGGCGACCGCGUCGGGGCCGUGCACAUGCUGGGUUCCACGCCGCCGGAAGGCUCUGCAGACGUGGCCCCCACGUGGAUGGGCGAGGCAGCGGCAUGGGUCCCCAAGGUGCGUGACACGACGGGCCCGACGCUGCAGCAAGCGAUCUCGGCGAAGCCGGGACAAGAGGCGCUGCUGCCGAUCACGCUGGUGGCGAAGCCUUCAGGAGGUGGCAGUCGGUCGAGCCGGCUACGACACCGUUUCAAGCGGAAGCUCGCGCUGUGGGCUCUCGGGAACGAGUACGUGCGUGGGAUCAACUCCAUGGGCACGGGCUCGUGCAGGGACCUCACCCGACUCCGCCGCGACAGCGAUCUCUCGGGCAAGAUGCGGAGUCUGCACGGCCAAGAGGUGAAGAGCGCGAAGAUGCUCGACGCGCUGGGGCCCGAGGAGGCCAUGCACUACAGCGACGAGACCAACGUGGUGGAGCGCGCCGAGCUGAGCCAGGUGAUAUUCGAGGAGCUGCAGCAGAAGUUCGGUUUCGUGGGCGGGUGCCAGGAGGAGCACGAGCGGUACUUCGGGCGCCGGGACGCGCCACCGAACCUCUGGCACUUCGGGGGCCCCGAGCAGGUGAAGGCGAUCGCAGGUUUCAAUGCAGUGGGCAUGAAGUCAGGGGGUCGGCACCGGAGGAUCAUCAUGGUGGUGGCUGCCAAGUAUAUGUUCAAGGAUGUGAGAGAGCGGUCAGAGCACGGGCUGCACGGGGGAGGGGCGUUGAGUCGCCUACAUGUCCCGUCGGACUGCUGGGCGGCGGCGGCUCUCGGCGAGAGUAAAGCUUUCUCUUUCGUGGAAGUGCCCUGUUGGAUGUGGGGCUGGCAGACUGUUCCCCCGGUACGGGCGCGUGCCGUCUGGGACCGACUCACCGCGUCUCAGCGAGCCGACCUGGUGCCUGAGUCCUGGGUCUACCCCAUGUGGCGUCGGCUGGUCAUGCGCAGCUCCCACAGCGUGCACAUCUUGAUGACGAUCACCGCCAGAGUGUGCGCCAUGACGUUACAGCGCCCGCUCGUGAACCAGGACCGCGAGCAGCGACUCAAGUGGAGAGAGAGCUACAGGAUGCUCAACGACAGCGAGUGGGCUGAGCGGCAGCAAGCGCGGCGCCCCCUCCCCCCCGAGACGGACAACUAUUCCGUAGCGGGUUGGUGCGAGGCAGCUCGGCAGGCCAAGCUGCAGAGUGGUGGCGUCUUCGUGGUCAUGCACCCCUCUGCGGGCCCUCGGAGGGCCCAAGACGCGCAGCACUACCUGGAGAAGAUCACGGAGGAGCUGGGCCUGGGCCUGCUGAUGAUCUCCGUCGACCUGGCGGUGGCCUCGCGGUGGGACCCGGGCCGGGUGGACACCUUCGAGCAGCUGUGGCCUCUGUUGACCGAGGGCUCAGUGGACGUGGUCUUCGGCUGGGGGGUCCGCGCCCUCUGCGCCGACGGGGGCAAGUACUGCUGGGGCCCACCUCGGACGCGACUGAAGCCUGGGGAGACCGCGCGUUUAGACGAGGCCAGCCACCUCAUGCUCAACCACCUGACGCUGCGUGGCGGCGUGGCAAGCCGCGGAGAAGCUUGGGGGCUCGAACGCCCCGAGGACCCUGGAGAGAAGCCCUACCCCUCGCUCUUCGACACGGAGAUGCUGAAGGGCUUGGAGGAGAGGACGCAGGCGAAGCGGAUUCCGUUCGACCAAUGCAUGAUGGGCGGUGUUUCACAGAAGCCUACGAGAGUCACAGCAUCGCGAAGACACUGGCAGACAUUUCGAAGCACGAAACGGGCCCUACGGGCCACCAGCGAUCCGGAGUUCGGUGUCCCUAGAAUCUCGAGCUUCUCGGCCAAGCUGGACAAGGGCGCCUUCCACUUCCUCAACGAGGCCUCCUCACGCGAGAAGGGGGUAGUGCUGGGCCCGUCGGACACGGGCUUCAACUUGCACAUCAACGACGGCCUGAUCUCCGCCGAGGGGGGCUCCCAGGGCUCAGGCGAAGCGAAGGUCAACAAGCUGGUCCACCAGGUGGGGGACACGCUGGAGGACGUCGGUUUCGUGGUGCAGGACCGCAGGGAGCACGGCCUGGUCGGCCGCAUCGUGGGCUACGAGAUCGAGUCGUGCCCAGCUCGGGUGCGAGUGCCGAGGCGGAAGGCGGCCCUGCUGUACGAGACGCUGAAGGUGAUGAUCGAUCGGGAAUGGGUGCACUUGGACGACCUGGCGUCCGACCUGGGCGUCUGGAUCUGGGCCGCGCUGCUGGCCAGACACUGGCUGUCGGCACCACGGCACCUUUUCCGGUUCACGCGCCAGGGCGCCCAGGACUUCGACACGGGCGGCUUCGGCGUGGUCGUGGCCGCCGCGAGCUGGGCGCAGAGGGAGGGGCUCUGGUGUGCGGGCACGGGGCCAGGUGCGGCAGUCGCCAAACCGGGCAUGCUGCAGAAGGUGCCAGACAGAGGGCCCUCGUCUCUGGAGCCGCACCUGCCCGUGAGCUCCACCGCCAGGAUCGACUGCGAGGCGAAGUGGGUUCCUGCGGAGGCCGGGCUCCGGAGGCGAGCGGACCGCAUCGUGCUGGGCGAGAGGCGUGCAGCUCUGCGCGUCCUGGCUCGCCUGGCGGUGGUCGCUGAAGCGCAUCGGUGCAAGGUUCUCUGCCUGGAGGACAACAUGGGCUAUGCUGGGGCUGCGGCGAAGGGUCGAUCCACAGCAGGUCCAGUCAGUUAUUUGCUAAGGACGAGGUGUGCGUUGUCGAGCGCGUCGGAGAUCAGGAUACACCUCCCCUGGAUAGAGACAAAGAAGAUGCGGUCAGGAUCAAGAGGGGCGCAGAGCCCCAGUGCCGGAAGAUCAGGCGCGCGUGGCGCGCGCAGUGCAGUGCUAAUUUUAGGCCCUCGAGUGUCAGACGACCCGCACCUGGAGGGCCGCGUGCAACUCUCAACUUUGCUAACUUAUCGGCUUCGAGCAGCCGAGUUCUAUGAGUGGUGCUUGACGGAGGGAGCGCCCCCCUGGACGCCAGACGAGUGGGAUGACACCUUGUUGGACUACAAGGCGACCUCCGCCCUUUUGAAGAGCCACUUCACCAGCCUGGUCGCAGCCGUCGAAUUCAAGUUCCCGCGGCUGAAGGGCCGCUUGAGCAAAUGCCACGCCGCGCUGCGCGGCUGGGAGCUAAAGCACCAGACCAAGCACACGGUCCCAAUGGUGAGCACGGCCCGGGCCUUCGUCAGCGUUCAGCUCAGUGCCCGUGGCGAGCCUAGGCUGGGAGACAAGGGGCCUCUCAUCGUGGGCCUCGGCAUGAAGGCCAACACCAAGGCCAAGAGACCCCAGUCCAACGCUAGUUUGGAACCCGACAAUCCGACCCUCGUGGGCAUCCUGAGGCGACGUGGCCACGCCAGGCGGAAUGGCUCCGCCAGCAGUGCCGCGCUGGGCGUCUGCCAAGGCGGGAGCGACGCACACGCCUGCCAGGGCCCCUGGCCGCAGACGCUCCUGGUGGCCGUGCUGGGGCAAGGCGGCCAGGUGGGGCUGCGCAGGCAACCUGACGCGCGCGGUCUUAAUGGUGGCCCGACUGGUACCGGCCGCCUGGAGUCCGCUUUUUUGGCGCGUAGGGUACCGGUGGCAGCAGACGUGGCACAGGAAGUCGGAGGAGCUGCAGGGCGCAUCAUGGGGGCAGGCGCCAACUUCUCGUCCAGCGCGGCAAGGAUUUUCCCGGCCCUCACGGACAAUACUCUCUCUUUGGCCGAGACAGUCUGGGAGGGCCUCGACCUUGUCAAUGUUUCGGUCAACAGCAGCGCCGGCCACUUCUUUUUCUCGGGCGACGACGACCCAGCGGAGCUGCUUUCGGCGCCCGAGGCUCGGGCGCGGAUGAACCUACCCGAGUUUUGGCAGCAGACGUUGCUGGACCUCACCUUGCUUGCAUCUCCUUCCAGGCCAGUAAUGGACAUCCACAGGCAUCAGUUUUACAGCGGAUCAGCCUACACAGCGCUCGACCUGUGGUCUUUGAUCACCUACUUGUGGCCGCGAACCGGGAACGGGCCUCCACCUGCUGCUUCGGCGGCGGCUUCGCAGUCCGACGCCGAGCCUACGGACGGGGACUGCGACAGCGAGCCCGACGCCGAGGACUCCCCGAGUGACGACUCUGUCGCCUAG